AAAAAAGCGCACACACACACUAGUAUACCCGCGUCCAACCCUAGUAUAUUAGUGUGUGAUUUAAUGUAGGGUAAAUUACAUCCACCUCCCUGAGGUUUGAUUAAAUAACAAUGAGACCCCGUCAUGUAUGAAACAUAACACUAACCUCCCCUGUCAGUAACGUCUGUCUCAUGUGUGUAACAAAAAUCAAUAAAAGACUAUACUACCCUUCCAUCUCUUUCACUCAAAAGUCGUCUUCUCCAUUUUCUGGCAUACACUUGCCCACCCCUUCUCCUUCCCAGCUUUCAUUAAUCGCAUCUCAAAAACCAAUUUCUCCUCCCUAUCUAAUCUACUACACACAAAUGCAUACUGGUGUAUACCAAUCUGCGUGGAAAAAUUCUCUCUCUCUCUCUCUAUAUAUAUAUAUGUCUCCCCAGCGCCAUCAUGUUUAUUCGACAAGGAACACCCCCACCACUCUUGUCACAAACGCACACACUACACCACCAGGCCACCCUUGCCUCCCAAUAACAUAUAAUGAAACCCACCACCAUCUCCCUCCCUUUUCCCCUCAGCCCACCAACCAAAAACUCAUGAACUCCUUCAUAACCAUAACCCAUUUCUGCCAUAAAACCAAUUUGAAGUAUAAAACACCCCCAAAAUAUCGUGAUGUACUCCGGUGAUGGAUGUGUCGCUGUAGCUAUUGUGGUGGUGCCUAUUUUGUAUUGGAGUGAUGUGGAACAGAUGGAUCAAGGGUUGUCUCAAUGAAUCCAUGAGAGAGAAAGAGAAGGUCAGGUGGAAAGUGGGUUAUUUGUGGUGUGGUCGGGUCAAAGGAGCUGAUUUGUUUGGAAGCAUGUUUAAGCUAUCAAAUAUUGUGGAUAUGAUUUGUUU